AUGACUGAGACGCGUCAAUUUGGCGAUCUUGCUACCCAGCUUGUCAUGGAAUCGCGGAGGUCGACCGCAACGGAUACCAUCAUGAAGUACAACGACAGUCUCGUCAGAUCAAUUGUUCGAGAGCAGCGCGAUCUCGAGAAACUCAUCGACAAUGGAGACAUCGUCUCACCAUCCAUGCUCAUCUACCAAACUGCGAUCGUACGAAACAAAAGAUGUCUGCUAGCAUAUCACAAACAUAGGAUGGAUAUACUGAGGGACAUGUACUGGGAGGUCGGAGGGGCCCUACCACAUAUGCUGAGCAACCAAGACCUUAGAAGCAAAUUGUCUCCACACGAGGUUGAUUUCCUAAGGCAGUACAACACCUCCAUCAUGGAGUAUCGUGCUGGCUUCUCCAACGAGCUUGACAUCACAGCAAGCAUUAUUCACCCUCCCAGAGAUCUCCACGUUUUGGUGAGAGUGGCAAGGGAUUGUGGAGUCAUUCAGACGGAACUAGGGAGCAUAGAUUUUCAAAAAGGACAGAGGUUUAUGGUGAGAAGAGCCGAUAUAGAGCAUUUGAUUGUCCAGGGAUACCUCGAGGAAGUUUAG